AUGCUUACAGAAGCACUUGUCAGAUCAUUGGUUUAGUUGAUAUUUGUCUCAAUAGGCCGUAUAUUAUCAUAUUUAUUCUCGAGUGCCUUCUGAUGGCCAGUGGAUAUAAAUUCACCGUGGCGAGCAGAUUUUAGCUCAUUCUCAGUCUUACCCCAUUCGUGUCGAUUAUGCUGGCUCGCUCACGCAGCUAUCUGCAGCUUCCGUUCUAGAUGGAAAACUGUACCAUUUCAAACGUCGAACUCCAACACACUUAGAUGUUCGACACUUGCACGGUAUGACUUCGACCCGAGAAGGCUCUCGGUUAGGGUGUUUACCUCCCACUCCGAGUUAUGAAUCAUCCACUGGAGGAGGAAGUUUUCCUCGUGACUCGGAGUUGUAUCGCAAGUUGAAUGUCCACUCGUGGCCGAGAUCAAAGCAUUGCUGGUGUCGGGAAUGGUGAGGGGCAACCCGGAGGAAACAUUGCUGCUUCCUUAGAUGGAUCAUUGUGUAUCUUUUCUCCCGGUUGUCUUCACUAUUUUUGACACGGUUAGUGAUGAAGGUGGCUAAGAGCUCAUGAUCCUGUAAUUGAUCCAUGAUAUCAAUUUUUACGCAAAGGUCGGAUCCUGGCGUUGGAUGCACGAGUGGUAAUAAGACGACCAUGCGAUUUGAACUUUGCAUGCGAGGAGAGCUAAAAUUUAAAGGUAAGGUCCAGUUCUUGAGACUUCACUGAUCUCUCGUUAUCAUCUGGAAAUCGUUUGCUGAAAGUCUGAUGACGCCCAAGCAUCAUCUGCGUCACACCUGUAUGUUUUUAAGUCUUCUUCUCGAGACUGAAAUCGAGUAGCCUCACCCAUGAAGAUCGAUUUAUUUGACUCUUGAAUUUGUCCGUCUCCAAGUUAAAGCUCUCGCAAGAGCAUCGUGAAGGCUGUAAAAGAGAUUUGCUUGUCCGAGAUAAAACAUCCGUUUGUUCGAGAAAACAUUAUACAUUUCAGGCAUCUGAAUUCAUGACUAUCCAGUUUACAUGCACUGCAGGUGGGAAGUUCAUUUAACACUUUCAUUAACUCUUAUCAGACAGGUGGAGAUUUAAUUUAAAGUGCUUCUCCACUCUGCACAAACUGCUCCAACAAAAUGGAUCGCAUGUUUAUGUCAGAUCGCUCUCGCAAUAGUUUAAUGAGAUGAAAUCCUCGAAUAAGAUAUCUUAAGUACAGACUUAUCCAGACCAGCCUCUGAUCUACACGGGUAUGAUCUUGAGUUUGAGGAGGUCUGCAUAAAUCCUGCAUUGUAACCUCUAACAGACAUGCAGUUCCAUAAAAUGAUAUCUCGUUCAGCCAUGGAGGCAGGACUCGCUAGCUCCAGUACAGUUCCAGAGGAUGAUCAGUAAAGUGGAGGCGUAAAACCUGCACGGAGUAUGCCCGAUUCGAGAAUGGAUCUCGUAGUGUGUAGGCAGAUUGGGCCCGGGUAUUGUAGAUAAUGUCUCAUUCCUGGAUAGACUGAAUGAUUGAAGCAGUUGUACUGCGAAUAUACUUACUACUAGGAAACAGGAGUGAUUACUCUCAGGUGCUUGUGCCGAUCUGCAUACAAGCUCAGAUCUGCAGUAGUUAACUUGCUUGACUGCUUGCUUGAGCAUUCAUCCACCAAAGAAAGGGCAGUAGUAGUUCUUGGCAAACGAUGGGAACACGGGAAUUAUUGGAUAAUCUGCCUUCUCGCUGUCUGUCACUUCAUCUUCACUCAAAUUGCUCCAUGCCCCUGGCCAGUCUUCAAAGAUAGCUCGUCUAACUCCUCCUCGUAGGCCGAGGAGUUUUGGAGACCCGAAGCAGAAAAAACAGAUUUUCAGAACAUCCAACUUUAAAGCUCAGCUCACCUGAUUGACUUGGCAAAUGAGUUCCAUCGACCUACUUAUUGUUCAUUUCCGCGGUGUGAACUCCCGGCGACCAUGACCACGACUCUGUUACAGUACACUUUCUGACCAAGUUAGACGAGCGAUCUUAGUUAACAGGAUCGAACAGAAGAAGAAACUUGUCCUAGAGAAGCAAAUCGGCACAUGUCGAGCACCGCCUUUGGCCUCUACAGCCGUGAGCUGAAUGUGCACAAUUCUUUUCCCAGACAUACUCUGAGAAUCGUAUUUAAUGUGGUAGGCUCUAUUUUUGGAAUCCAG